AUGCGAAUCCUACUGGACCAGAGGUCAUUAAAAUGGGCAAUGAAGGAGGGAGCCUGCAUGGUUUGUUUGAUGCCGGUGGCUCCACUCUACCGGCAUAGUCCUAGAAAGAGAGACCUGAAAUUUGCAUUACUGCAGCCCGGGGAUUCCAUUAUCUUCUUUGGAAUCAUCCACUGCAAUGAGAAGACCACAAAUAUUCUUCUUGAUGGGAAGAUCAAAGCGGCGCCGAUGGAGCAAGCCCAUGUGAGCACCGCCGUCAAGGGCAGCUUCAGAUACCUCGAUCAUGAAUACUUCAGGAAACAACAACUCACUGAUAAAUCAGAUUUUUACACUUUUGGUGUAGUACUAUUUGCAAGGCCUGUCAUCAGUCCAAAGCUACCUAGAGAGCAGAUUAGUUUAGCCGGGUGGGCAAUGAAUUGCUACAGAAAAGGCACACUUGAAAAAAUAAUUGAUUCCAACAUUGCUGAGAACAUUUCCUCAGAAUCUUUGAAAAAAAAGGUAGAAGCUGCUGAGAAAUGUUUAGCUGAAUUUGGCAUGAAUAUGCGUUGCAGCUUCAAGAGGCUGCAACACAAAGUGAUCCAUCUCAUAAACUAG